GUCACGCAUUCCGUUGCCAGUUGCGGCUUAAAAAGUCUGUAUCUCAAUAUAGAUUUCGGUUAGUAUUCUUCGAGUUUUCGAGCGGAGACCUUUCUCUUGUGUUAUAACACAUAGUCGUAUCAGCUUCUACGAAUAUAGAAACGAAAGUGUGAAUCAUGACGUCGAUAGAUUCAGUGCCGUUCGAAGAAGAACUAAAGAGAAAUCCUGAAUUGAAGGAAGCAGAUGUACAAAUGUUGAGAGAAUGGUGCGAGAAACAGCCUCAUCUGCCAAAGGUAUCGGAUAGCGAAUUAGCGUUAUUUUUACAUAGCAAUUAUUACCGACUCGAGCCGACAAAGACCACCAUCGAUACCUUCUUUACGGUCAGAAGUCACGUACCCGAGUUCUUUUGCAAUCGAGAUUUGAUAAACAAUAAGGAGCUGAAAAAAGCUACAACUGUUGUAACGCAUGAAGUUUUGGAAGGAACCACUAAAGACGGCCACAAAAUCAUCUAUGGAAGAUUGCUGGAUAGCGAUUCGUCGCAUUUUGUUUACAACGACGCGAUGAAAUUGUUAAAUAUGACUAUAGAUCAGUGGCUCUAUACGGAGGGCACCUGCAGCGGCCACGUGAUAAUAUUCGACAUGAAAAACGUUUCGUUUGGCCACGUCGGCCGUUUAAGUCCUAUGGGACUCAAGAAAUUCCUCUACUAUUUACAAGACGGCCUGCCCGUCAGGCUGAAGGGUUUCCAUUUUAUGAACGCUUCUCCGGUAAUCGAUGUCAUUCUGAAUAUGAUGAGACCCUUUAUGAAAAAACAAUUGAUGGAUAUGUUUCAUAUGCAUACUACAAGUGACACUUUGGAGAAAUUUAUACCGCUCGAAGUUUUUCCGAAUGAAGCAGGUGGUCAAGCCGGUCCGAUACAGGAGUUACAUGAGAAACAGCUAAAAAAAUUAGGAGAUCACGCUGCUUGGUUUCAAGAGGACGAAGCUAAUCAUCGCGUCAAUGAAGCGCUGCGACCUGGCAAGGCAAAGACAGCGACGGACUUAUUUGGAGUUGAAGGAAGCUUUAAGAAGCUCGAGAUUGAUUAAUCGAAUAAUGAUCGUUAAGGCCCGGUUGCAGCAACAUUAUUUUAGCUUUAAGCGAAACUUAAAUAUAUGUCUAUCUUUAUUUAUUUAGAAUGAAAGAUAAAGAUAGACACAUAUUUAAAUCUUGCUUAAAGCUAAAAUAACGUUGGUGCAACCAAGCCUAAAUCUCCCGCUGUAAAAGAUUACAGCGUCAACGAUAUCUUACUUUAUUUUCAAUUCGAUAGUCCAAUGUUCGAAAAUAAAAGCAAUAAUCUAAUAAUACAUUUAAAUGUUUAACUAAAUAUUUACCAAAAUUCAAUAACAUUAAAUGCAGUGUGAUAAUGACAACACGUGUUAUUAGUCGUUGAAAAGUUAAUUAAGCAUAUAUAAUACAUAGACUUAUUG